CUCAUUUUCAUCUCCAUAAAGAAGAUUUAAGCAAGGAAGAACAAGCUAAAUCGGAAGAUUCUGUAGAUUUUAAUCGACUUGACAGAAUCGCGAGUUCGAGAUCACCGCGAUUUAACAUUGAUACAAGUUUCUUCAACUCUCAAAUACUGGGGAAGAGAUAGUCCAACUAAGGUUCUAUAUGGCUAAGGAUAGCAAAGCUAAGAUGGGCUUUCAGAAUAGUGCAGAUUCUAAGAAAAAUUGCAAAGUGGUUAUUGAUUCUUUAGAUGCAGAAAAUCGGCUUGUUGCCCACGUAAAAGUUGAUACCCAGGAAAAUGGUGUUCUUGAAGGAAAAGGUCUCCGUGAUGUGGGUGUAGAAGCAACACCAUUGAAGAUUAAGAAAUCGAGGAAGAAGCGGGCUGCAUCUGAUAUGGGUGCCUUGACUACAGAAAACUUGGAAGAUAAUGGUCAUGGGACAGAAGUAGAUGGAAGCCAAAUCAAAGAUGAUUUGAAGGAGCCAACCAUGGGCGAGAAACUUGCAAGCUUAAAUAUACUAGAUAAGUCUAUUGAUAAAAGUGAAGAGGAAAAAGAUUCUAAUAAUCAAACAAAGCCACCUAGUGCGAAUUCUAUGCACAUCCUAGUUAGACAAGCGCUGCAAGCUGAUGAUCGAGCACUUCUCUUGAAUUGCUUGAAUAUUCAAGACGAGAGGGUUUGUUUCUGUUAUUCCUUUUCAUUUCUCUUUGAGCCUCCAGUUGGAUAA